AUGCCGGAAUUACUUAUAAAUUCUAUAAAUAAGAGAAAAAGUAAACUGUUCGACAUCGACCUAUUUAAUGCAGCUAUAUAUUUGGAUCCCCGAAUUAAAAUUUGCUUGGAUUCAGAGUACAAAGAAAAUGCAAAGAAAUAUAUAACCAGUUUAUAUAAAAGAAUAAAUUCAAUUAAAGAAAUUACGUCUGAAGUCGUUAACCAAUGUGUGAUAGAUGAAGAAUCGCCAUCAACAAGUACCAAAGCGAAAUCUUUGACAGAGUUUUUAAAAAAACUGGACCGAGAUACCUCUGAAGAGAUCAAAGGUUCCCCUGAAUGGCAAUAUUCUGGGUUAUUGGUGUACUAAAAAAGUCCAUUAACAACUUUAGCCGAAAUAAU